ACAUAUUUGGAAAUCUCGCGAUAUCUCUCAUAGCGGAAUGAUGGAAGAUGAUCACGGGCGGAAGUGGGAUCGGUGUCUCGCGGACAUCGCGGUCAAAACCGUGACAGGUCUUGGUGUUGGAGCUCUGCUGUCACUCCUGUUCUUCAAACGGCGCUCGUGGCCCGUGGCAUUGGGCUCUGGAAUGGGUCUAGGGAUGGCGUAUUCAAACUGCCAGUAUGACUUUAGAUCUCCAAACAUGCUGCGUGGCCAUGUGGUGAAGGACCAGUAGAAGAGUCUCUUCUUCAGCAAUGCUGUUUUUUCUCUUCAUCAUUUCCAUCUGCUCAUCUUCUCUGUGGAGUUAACUGUGUCUCUUUAUAUAAUAAAAGCUAACGAGUUUGACAGGAAAACAAGCGUCGUGUUUGAAUGUGGAAAGCCAUGAUGAAGUGCUUACAGUGUGUGUGUGCUAAAGAGUGGGUGAGCUGGACUCCUGCUGGUCUGGAAUAGGAGCCAGAUACAGCACCUGCAUGAGAGACAGAGAGAGAGACGGCUCUGAUAUGGGGACAAAUCAUUGCUGAUGAAGAGAUUAAAGAGAGCAAACACACAAAGCUGAACAUUAUUUAAAGAUAUUAACACUAAUACAGGCCAGGCAAGACUGUUAAUGGGUAGAGAGCAUUUCUCAAAUGAGGAUGUCCCCAAAUGGAGGCUUUGUCAGAUUUAGCUCACUUCAGGAGACAAAUCUGUCCCCAAACUACAGCUAUAGUACACGACGGCACAGCCCUCUAAAAUCACAUCUGCAGAUAGACACCGCCGAAGAAGGCUUUGAUAAGCCGGCCGUAAUUAUUUUUACAUGUCUGUGUUAAGAGCCGUCACUGCAGCGGUGUGUGUGUGUUCACGCAGCCCCCUGCUGCAGCAGAAUGUGAGGAAUGUUCUAGAAUGCCAGUAUCAGAACUUAUUACUAACAGGUGAGAGAAGGGCAGCGCUACAGACGAACACGAGCGAUCUACUGAUGCCAGAUCCAGCCGAGAUUUACCUGCAUGACUGCACACCUGCAAAGAGAGAGAGACAGGUGAAUGUGUCUGUACCUGUCUGACAGAUUCUGCUCAACUGCUUUAAUCCCUCACACACACACACACACACACACACACACACACAAACAUGCGUCAUGACAGCGCAGGAAUUCAAAACUUUCAUGCAUCACCGGAGAAGCUGUUUCACACACUUGUGUUAGAUGGUCGCUUGGAUAUUUAAAUGAAUAGUUCGGAUUAAUAUAGAAAUUCUUUCAUCAUUUACUCACCCUUGUGAUGUUCCAAUCCUGUAUGACUAUGUUAGGCUGAAUGUUCACACUGCUCUUUUCCCUACAAUAAAAGUAUUGAGACACCAGGAGCUGUCAAUGAUAAAAGGCACCAUAAAAGUAUAUUCCAAGUCUUCAUUUGAGAGCUUUACGUGAACUAAAUUUAAAUAAUUAUUUCACUGAUGAUCUUCUUCCUUGUAGUUCUCAAAUUUAAUUAAAAAACAUAGUAAUUAAAACCAUACCCUAACCUAUAUUAAUAAUGCAAUUAAUCUUGCCCCCGGACCAUAAUAAGGAAAGUUACCCUUCAUGUUUUUACAAGUCUCGGUCAGCGGGGGGCAGUAAACGCAACUCCGGCAGUACAGACAACAAACCGCACUUGCUGACAGCAGACAGCUCAAGAUAAGAACGCACUCUUGUGUUCAAACACAGCUGGGCGGAGCUGAAAAAUGCAUUUUUCAGUUUCAAAUUAUGUUUAUCUUGACACAGCAACCUAAAAAUGCAGUGUUUAUGGAAAGGACCUUUUAACGUUGUUUGUAUUUGUAUUAUUUGUUUAACGCUGUAAGUAUUUUUCAGCCUGUGUAAGGCGCAUUUUAAGUACUACAGAAGCACAUCAAG